AUUACGGCCAUAUACAAGAAUCUCGAUAUGUCAGAGGAGUCGUGCGUUGGCAGGGAAUACGACGUAGUAUACGGAGCAGGGUUGACUUCUAAACUCCUAAAGAGCAGCGGUUCAGAGAACUGCGUGCUGCAAAGCGUUAUAUCCGGUGAUAUUUCCAAGAUCGGUAAAAGGGAUAUGGAAGAAAGAAAAAGUGACCUAACCGCAAUCGACUCUCAAUUGCGUGACUCUUCAACGACUUCAACAUGCAGCGAGGAGCUCAACCAAUUUGGAUAUCGGAGUUACAAACAGGAAAGGAAAGAAGAAAAUUGCGAACUUCCAUGUCUAGCUAUUUCUCAUCUUUCCUAUUCCGUCGAUCAAAGAAAAAGCUGGGAGCGGCUUAUGCUCCGAAUGCCUAAGCGUCAAUUUCUGAUCCGCGAUGUGUCAUUUCAGCUUUGGGCAGGAGAUAUAAUGGCUGUAAUGUCAGCAUCAGGUAAAUGCAAACUUUCUACGUGUUCAUUUGAGUUGAUCAGAUCGCCAUACUGCGUGAGAGAGUAG